GAGACGUAAUACAUGUUAGGAAUUCGUCUAGCUAUUCUGCUUGAUCUAAGAAAACUGAUUUAACAUGUGAGUACUCAAUACAUUCCGACGUUAUAUACCAGUCACGGUUGCCAGGAAGAUGCUUUUGUAGUUGCUUGAUAAGUAUUUUUUUAACCAUUUUAAAUAAAUAUUCUAUAAUUUUACAUAAAACGUGAUUUCUAAUAAAAGAAAAAAAAAAAAAAGAUAUACGUUAAAUGCUUAAAAAAUUAUGCUUCUUUUUUGUCCAACAUGUGGUAAUGUACUCCAUGUUGAAGAGUAUACAGGACUAAGAUUUGCUUGUAACACUUGUCCUUAUAUUUUUAACAUAGCACGCAAAGUUAGUAGUCGUACUUAUCCAAAAUUAAAAGAAGUAGAUGAUGUGUUAGGCGGAAGUGCGGCAUGGGAAAAUGUUGAUUCUACAGAAGAACGUUGUCCAAAGUGUACAAAUCCACGUGCAUAUUUCAUGCAAAUACAGACAAGAUCAGCUGAUGAGCCUAUGACAACAUUCUAUAAAUGUUGUAAUUCACAAUGUGGUCACAAUUGGCGCGAUUAAAGUUAUAUCUGAACAUUAAUCAGCAAAGAACAAUCAUGAAUC